AUGAGAAGAAUCGCUCGUUCCUUAAAUAACUCCUAAUAUCUCAGAGCAGAAACUGUUGGUUUCAUCGGUUUGGGAAAUAUGGGUGGCCCUAUGGCUCUUAAUUUAGCUAGAAAAGGUGGCUUUGAAGUUAUUGCUUUUGAUGUAAAUAAAGAUUCUUUGAAGAAAUAUGCUAAAGAAGGUUUAGCUGUUUGUGAAGAUGUUACAGUAUUGGCACGUAAAGCUAACAAGUUCGUUACAAUGCUUCCUAACUCUUCCCAUGUUAGCAGUGUCUUAGAAGGGGAAAAUGGAUUAUUCUAAAAGAGUGCAAAAAAUAGUUUGUUUAUUGAUUCAUCUACAAUUUCUUAUCAUGCUGCUAUAAAGAUCUACGAAAAUGCUAAGAAGGUCAAUCAACGUUACAUUGAUGCUCCUGUUAGUGGUGGUGUUGGUGCUGCAACAGCUGGUACUCUCACUUUUAUGGUUGGUGCUGAAAAUAAGGAACUCUUCUAAGAAUGCAAAAAUCUUCUUUAACACAUGGGUAAAAAUAUCGCCAACUGUGAAAAACCUGGUGCUGGAUCUAUUGCUAAAAUUUGCAAUAACAUGGCUCUUGGUAUUGAAAUGAUAGCCGUUGCAGAAGCUAUCUCCUUGGGCAAAAAGCUUGGUAUCGACCCUAAAGUUCUUUCAUCAAUCAUGAAUACUGCAUCUGGUAGAUGCUGGAGUAGUGAAGUCUAUAACCCUUGCCCUGGCGUAUUAGAAAAUGUUCCUGCUUCUAAGGGUUAUGAAGGAGGUUUUGCUUGUGAACUUAUGCUUAAGGAUUUAGGAUUAGCUGCUGAUGCUGCAAAACAAGCUUCUGCUGAUGUUCCUCUUGGUAACCAUGCAAAAGAUAUUUACUAAAAAUUGGUUGAAUUGGGACUUAAUCGUAAAGAUUUUGCUAUCGUUUAUGAUGUCCUCUUAAAUAAUAAACUUAAAUAAUGA